AAAAUGGCCGAUAACAGAAGGAAUAAUCGAGAAAAUAACAACGGUAACAAUCCGGACGAGGGACAAGGUUGGUGGGGAGCAAUUGCAGCGGGGGCAGCCUUAAUCGCCGCCGGUGCAGGGCUUUAUUUAUCCUCCCGUAAAAAUAGCCCAGAAGGUACUUCUGGUGGCGGUGCCUCGAGUCAAAGCAACCGCACACCACCGAGUGAUACAAGGUCAAACGGUUCCAAUGCAUCAGUUGGUAGGGAGGUUACUCCAAGUACAUUUCAGAGAAGCAGAAGAGGAGUUCCGCGUGGCAAAAUACCCGAUAGCCCAGAAAUAAACAAUAUAAACGCGCUCCUGCAUGACAUCUACGUGCGUUACAUUGCCCUGAAAGAUGAUGACUUCGAAAUGUACUACAAUAUCUUCACCGAUAUCUUUGGCCAAAUUCACAAGAAGAUGAAGAAGGUGGACCCUUACUUUGCGAGAUAUUCCAGCAACGUAGUAGUGGCAGGAAGCCAUUACGAUCGACUUCGCAUCAAUAAACCAGACGAAUUUGAUGUAGAUAUUGUAAUAGGACUUCCUCUGAACAUGAAGGAGCACCGGAACAACCCGAAAGAUAGCGAUAUUAUCCUGGAGCCAAAAGAGGCAGGAUUUGUGCAGCUUAGGAUGGGAACUCAAUACAAGCAAUUUAUGAUGCGAGAUGGCUGGGAAAUUAACAAAGCAGCCUAUAAGUGGAGCGAUGGACAAGAAUUUUUGCUCCGCUCAAAUUUUACAGACUGGUUCAAAGGAGUUGUGGACAAGGCUUUGAAUUCAUUUAACUGUGGCGUCGCACCGGUAAUUUAUUCUGGCGGCGUGCCGUAUACUAUACGGCAGUCUGAAAGUGGUCCGGCGAAGACUUUGUUUAUUGAAAAUAGAUCUAAGGGGUUUAAGUUAGAUGUGGAUUUGGUGCCGGCACUAAAAUUCCCGGAGGAGCGUUGGCCUAUAACGAAUUCGUACAGAGAAAUA